UUUAUAGAUGUGGUGAUCAGUGCCAAGCGAUGACUAUGAGCUAGGCGAUGUUUACAUGUUUUGAAUGACUGACAUUCCUUCAGAUUAGAGAACUGAUUGGUCUUUACUUUACGUUACUUUCUCCACAUUUCAUGUCAAUUUAACUUUGAUUAAAGUUUGGGUUUGUUAUAAGUGUACGAAAAUGGGGUCACUUUCACAGAUGGUAAGGUGGAUGGCUUUGCGUCCAGGCUUACGCACUUUGUCGAGUGCUUCCCACACUGCUCCGCCAGCUAAUGGGUAUUCCUUUGAGCUGAACGCGACCCAGAAGGAGUUCCAGGAGCUGGCCCGCAAGUUCGCGGCGGAGGAGAUCAUCCCGCGGGCGGCGGAGUACGACCGGACCAUGGAGUACCCCUGGGACCUGGUGAAGAAGGCGUGGUCCCUGGGGCUCAUGAACAACCACGUUCCUGAGCACUGCGGUGGCCUAGGAAUGAGCGUUUUCGACGGCUGCCUCAUAGCGGAGGAACUUGCUUACGGAUGUUCAGGAGUGAAGACUGCAAUCGAAGGUAGUGGUUUGGGACAAACUCCAGUACUUUUAGCAGGAUCGAAGGAGCAGCAGAAAAAAUAUCUCGGGAGACUUCUGGAGGAACCUCUUGUUGCGGCGUACUGCGUGACGGAGCCGGGAGCCGGGUCUGACGUCAGCGGCCUGAAGACCCGCGCGGAGAGGAAAGGCGACGAGUACAUUCUGAACGGACAGAAGAUGUGGAUCACCAACGGGGGUGUGGCCAACUGGUACUUUGUCCUGGCCAGGACGGAUCCCAACCCUAAAGCGUCGGCCGGCAAGGCGUUCACCGGAUUCAUCGUCGAGAGGGACUCUCCCGGCCUGACUCCGGGCCGGAAGGAGAUCAACAUGGGCCAGCGCUGCUCCGACACUCGCGGGAUCACCUUCGAGGACGUGCGGGUGCCUAAGGAGAACGUGCUGAUCGGGGAAGGGGCCGGCUUCAAGAUCGCCAUGGGGGCGUUCGACAACACCCGCCCCCCUGUUGCGUCCGGUGCUGUCGGAUUGGCGCAGAGGUGCCUGGACGAAGCGGCGAAGUACGCGAUCGAACGGAAAGCGUUCGGCGUUCCAAUCGCCCAGCAUCAAGCCGUGUCCUUCAUGCUGGCGGACAUGGCCAUAGGCAUCGAGACGGCGCGCCUGGCGUGGAUGCGGGCCGCCUGGGAGGUGGACCAGGGCCGCCGGAACUCCUUCCACGCCUCCAUCGCCAAGGCCUUCGCCAGCGACGUGGCCAACAAGUGCGCCACCGACGCCGUGCAGAUAUUUGGUGGUAACGGUUUCAACAGCGAAUAUCCUGUCGAGAAGUUGAUGCGAGAUGCCAAGAUCUACCAGAUAUACGAGGGAACCUCACAAAUCCAGCGCCUCAUCAUCUCCAGGGCAAUUGUUGAUAAGGCCAUGGGGAAAUGAAAACAUUUUUUUUACGGUUUUUCGGCAGAUUUUUAAUUAAUGCCAACAUUUUUACAUAAACAAAGGUGUAUUUUUACAUGUGUGCGAAAGUGUGUUAUUGGUUUGAAUGAGAGAAAACUUUCCAUUAGUAUUUUUAAACUGGGAAUCCAUGUCAAAUUCUUGAAGUCAUCAUUUGUUUUUGUGAGUAGGUGAGGUUUUUUUUUUUUCUGUAGUGUGAUAACAGUGCUGUUUUGUGUGGAUUGCAGUUUGUCUUGAAAUUGGACAGAGAAGGGAAAAGGUGUUCGUUAAUGGCAUUUAAGAAUAGUGAUGGGUCGAUUCCGAUUCCGGAAUCGGUCGGUUCCACCGAUUCCACUGGAAUCGUGGGAUUCAGAAUACAAUGGUUUUGGAAUCGACCAUGACCGAUUCCUGCAUUGUUUUUAAGUUUGCAAAAUACAUAAUCUACGCAACGUAAGAAAAUAUUAAAAUGCAUGCAAAUAUAAUUUUUAAAACUACAUAAUACAAUCUUUUUUUACGGAACUGAUUUACUUAUUACGGUGAUUAACGUAUUUAUUUACUUGCACCGCCAUUUUCCCUACUGUACAAAUGCAGUAUCUACUUUCCCACUUUAAGCGAAAGCAUUUUUAGGAAAUUACGUUGCAGCAGCACUGCAUUUAAUAGCAAACCUUCAAAAAUAAUUAGACAAAACCAUAAAUGUUUAAAGAAAAUUAUGUAAAUGUAAACGGCAAAUAAUGUAAACGUUAACUAUUUGAUCAUGGCAGCUACAUUUGCCAUUGUAAACAACCUAAUUUUUUUUUGUGCUACCUGCCAUGGUAAACCAUACGGCCAUGAACAAAAUCUUUGGUGACGUGAACGUGAACAUCUCUACACAUUAAACUUUAAAGAAUUAAAAUGAAAUAAUUUUUGAAUGAAAUUUUACCCAAAUUCACAGUGGAUUAUUGCAACCAUAUUAAAAUAAGUUUAAAAGCAACAUAACCAAAUUGCUUUAAAUCGGCGUUCUUGUGCGUGUUCAGCGAUGCUCGUUUUACGUUAGAUAUAUUUUGGAAAGGCAGUUGGCAAGUCUGAAUUUCCAAACAUUGCUGCGGAAACGUUCGUAAAUUUUUAUUACCAAACGGUAGUGGUGGGCUUACCUGUUACUUUUGAGUAUCAGUGAAAUCGGUUCCAGUGAAAUUUAGGUUCCUGUGAAAUUAAACGGUGAACGGUGAAAUCUCUCUCUCUAGUAAUGCUCGUAAUCGUAAACUGCUUCCUCGCACCGAAAAAUGGUGAAAUAAAGGGGAUAAGUGAAAUCACUGCCUCUCGGUGAAUGAUGAAAUUAAAAACAUGCAAUGUUUUUCACAGAAACCUUUCAUUUUGUUUUGAGUUUAUUUCGAGUUAAAAUUGAAAAAUACUACAUAACAAUUAUUUUUUAAAUAUUUAUAAUAAUAUUGAUUGAUUCCAUAUUUAUAUCCCUGUCCUUUCAGUUCAAUAAUAUAACGAACACAUAUUAAUUUUAAAACAUUUCUGAGAAUUCAUUAUCUUCCGUGAUAUUCUGCUAGGCUUUCAUUCGGUGAACGGUGAUUUUUUUUUACUGUAAUUAUUACAAGUAUGCAAUUCGUAUACUCCACAUACAGUUUUACUUCAAAAUAUAUACAUAAAAAAAUGAUUGUACUAAGACUGAAAACGUCAGAAACUCAAUUCAACGAUUAUGUGGACACUAAAAGCUAGUGGUCGUAUUACUGUAGGUAAUCAAUUUCACCGAACUUCACUGAUACUUGUAGAAACUGGUCGCAGGUAUACCCGUGAAAUUUUGAUAUCGGUGAAAAAGUAACAGGUAUGGAUUUCACUGCCCACCACUACCAAACGGCAAACAUAAACAAUCUUGUGAAAGUAGUAGUGUUAGUUUAACAGAAUUGUUUCCGAUAAAUUUCUGAAAUGAAUUAAAUGUUAACACGCGAUUAUUUGAAGAGUUUAAAUAUUUUGUGUAAGAAAAUCUCACCAUAAAAUGUGAAAAUUUUGAGAUACUAAAAAUUGCACAGAACUUUCUUAAUCAAGAACCGAAAAUUUAUUUUCUCUUUACAAUUGUGAGGAACUGCAAGACUGGAUGGAUUUAUUAUUUUAACCAAGUGAGAUAAUUAAGUUCUAGGUAAUAUAUUAAAACGUAAGCAUCUCUGACAUUUUAUUUUAGUGUGGUGCAUAUUUGUUUGUCAUUUCCAUCAUAAUGAGAUAAUAAAGUUUUAUUUUUACAUUUCCCUUUUUUAUUUUUUUUCGCCAUGGUCCCUUGAAAUAUGUCUAAACGAGGUUAUAUUGACAUUUUAUUUGGAUCAUUAUUUAGUUGUGCUUGAAAAUAAAAUUCUUAACCUAACCGUACAAACCCUCUUUUUUUACAAUUAAUUAAUUGAGUUGAUAAUGUAAGGUAUCUAAAGUUUGUUAAGUUAUAACAUUAUUUACAAUUUAAGUCAUUAGACAUCUUUGAUUAUUGGCAGUGUUUGAACACGUGUUUCGUCUAACUAUAUGCAAGGUUAAAAGGCCAAAUUGUGCUAGAAAUACAAGGUAGCGUAACUUGAUGGUAAUGAACAUACUUUUUAACAUUAUAUAAGCUGUAUAUAAUGUUAAUUUCUGCACAGAAAAUGAAACACAACAUAAUUACAUUUUUAAAAUCAUAAACAACCUUUUUUUUCUUAGUAUAUUACUCUGUUGAACAUUGUCAGAUAAAAAUUAAGGAAUCGGAAUCGGAUUCGAAGAAUCGACCCUUUAAUUUAAGAAUCGAAAAUGGAAUCGGAAUCGGUAUAUUUUAGGAAUCGGCCCAACACUAUUUAAGAAUUAAUUUUAAUGUACAUGAGAUUUCCAAGUACGUAUUUCAAAUGAAGUAAUAAGCAAUGGAAGUACAUAACUUCAUAUUUCGAUUGCAUUUUUAUAUUGCAGUCUGUGGUAUGGUGAUAGAAUAUUUAAUAAGUUUGUUUAUUUAAACUUGGAAGUAAAAUUGUUACGACAUUAUGAAAGUUCUGAGUAUCUCGAUAGCUUAACCAAAAGGGAAAGUGAGUUACUAAGUUAUAGUUAUAAGAUGUUACUAGUCUGCUCACUAGGGUUAAGUUUCAGGUAAAAGUUGGAUUUCUUGCAUUUUUAGCAUGCACACUUGAAGGGAAAGUGAACUCUUUUUGACUUAAAAAAAAAGUUAAUUUGCAUUGCUACUUUGUACUAUUAUUGUUUAAAACUUCAAAAAAUUAUAUGGUAAACCAUCUGGAAUUCUGUAAUAUUUACUCUCCUCUUCUUAACUUGUGCAGAAUUUAAAAACUGGAUUUUUAGUUCAUUGCAAGUUAAAUCCUUUCUUUAACCAGGUUCAUAAUGCUAGUAAUCUAAACUAUACAAUACCUAAGUAGGGGAUUGUUUUCAGCUUAUAAAUCCAAUGGCACAGGGACAAAAUUUGGUCAUUGCCAAUUUGAUUGUAAAUUUCAAUGAGAAAAGUCACUUUUAUCUUGCCAUUUCAGUGGAAACUAAAAUUUUUGAAACUACCUCAGCAUACUAGAUUUUUUUUUGUUUGUAUGUAGUAUUAAAAAUUUGCUAUUGAAUGGAUCACAAAAUACAGUUUUUCAACAUUGUCAUUUUGAAAUACUAUGUUUAAAGAGUUCACUUGUUAAUAAUUAUUUUAUUUGGCUGACAGUAUUUUUUUAAUAUAUUUUAUACAAAUAAUGUAGAUUACUUAGCAUAUAUAAUAUAUAUGGUGGUUUCCAUGUUAAUUGGUAGUGUAAUAUAAUUACAAAAAUGUUGACGACCAUAAACUCGGUUUCAAUUUCUUUUCUAUUAAUUUGUUUAUUGGUACAUUUCAUGUGUAUUCUGGAAGCUUUAUUUUAGUUUUUAAAACAUAGAAAAUUAUAAAUUUACUAAUGUUUCAUUGUUUCACGCUACGGCUCAUCAACUGACACAGAGCUGUGAAGGUCUUGACUGACAGUCACUAACUUGGAUUGUGACACUACCGCGAGUGUGUAGGAAAAGUGUGUGUGUGGUGUGUGGGCCUCUGGCUUAUUUCCUUUUCCAGGUUGUCCACGUGUCGAAAAAAAAAAAACGAAAAAAUAUGGAAACUGGACUUGUAAUGAGUGUCACUAAAAGGUCAGGGGAAAAAAACGGUAACAGUGCUCUGGAAGUGAUGAAACGUAAAUUUGCGGCAGUCUUUUGCUUGCUCUCUUUUUUUUUUUUUUAUGCCUCACUUCAGUCAAUAGUUGGACAUUAAAUAUAGGUGAAUAUUUAGAGUUGUGAAUCAUGUGGAAAUUAUCUCUAAAAAGGUUUUUACCCCUUUUUUUUUUUUUCCACUUAAAAAUUUAGUAUGUUCCUGCUGUUUGCUUAGUCAGUAACUACCCUGUGAUAUAUAUAAAAAAAUAUUUUUGAAAAAUUUUAUGGGAAGAUUCUGAAAAAACCCUGAAAUUUGUUCAGGCAUUAGUAGGCUCUGCCUUAUACUUACCACUCACGUUAAAACACUGCACCUCUCAGCUGUGUAAAAUCAGUCAUUUAUAUUUUCCUACAUUGUUUUAUUUAUAUAUAUACAUAUAAUGACUACAUUAUAAUUUUUAUAACCUUAGAAGAUUAUAUUUUUAUAAAAAUUGCAAUAAGUGAAAAAAUUUAUUGUACAUGUAAGGGUUUUAAUAAAUUUUCCAGGUAUCUA